GAAGGCUCCGCCUCUUCGGGCUCUGGGGCCGCCCAAUAAAGAGAACUGUGGCCAGACCAGCUGCUCGUACCUUGCACUACCCUGGGCUCCGCUCCCACUCUUGCUCCCGGCAGUUCUUCUUUCACAGCCCGGCGGCUCAACGCCCCUUUGCGCCGGGUGUGCCAGUCUGCCAAUCCGUCUACCUGCUUGCCAAUCUUGGCCUGAUCCGGAGCUGGGAACAGCAGGUGAGGCUCAGAGCCGCAAGGGGAUGUCAGAGAUUAUAUCAAUGCCACCAGGCGGGAAAGGGUUCUGAGCCGGCACCGGCACUGGCACCAGAACCACAGCCGCUGGACUCGGAGCUGUCAGCGGAGGACAGGUGGUUGCUGUCAGCGACUGUCUCUGCCUCCGGUUAUUGUCAGCGCAUCUCGGGGAACCCUCGGUGUCCGGCUGCAGGAUGGCGUUUAAGGCGAGGGGAACGCGGCUUACACUUGGUUUCCCUGCCUGGGGACUCUUGUUUUUGGCCCUUUGGAUGCUACCGAGGGUUCUAGGUUCUGAAGAGAUACCGGGGCACAACAGCCACGCAAAAGAGGGCUUCCAGAUUGUCACUUUCAAAUGGAGUCAUGUUCAGGACCCCUACAUCAUAGCACUCUGGAUUCUCGUGGCUAGCCUCGCCAAGAUCGUUUUUCACCUGUCUCACAAAGUCACCAGUGUUGUUCCAGAAAGUGCUUUGCUCAUCGUUCUUGGCCUUAUCCUGGGAGGGAUUGUGUGGGCUGCAGACCAUAUUGCUUCCUUCACCCUCACACCAACGGUAUUCUUCUUCUACCUGUUGCCGCCCAUUGUAUUAGAUGCUGGGUAUUUUAUGCCAAACCGCCUGUUCUUUGGAAACCUUGGAACCAUCCUUUUAUAUGCUGUUAUUGGAACUGUGUGGAAUGCUGCUACAACUGGCUUAUCACUUUAUGGAGUCUACCUUAGUGGCAUCAUGGGAGAGCUCAGUAUUGGAUUGCUGGAGUUCCUCUUGUUUGGCAGUUUAAUAGCUGCAGUGGACCCUGUGGCUGUCCUGGCCGUUUUUGAAGAAGUUCAUGUCAAUGAUGUCCUCUUUAUCAUCGUUUUUGGGGAGUCACUGCUGAAUGAUGCUGUCACUGUGGUCCUGUACAAUGUUUUUGAUUCUUUUGUGUCACUGGGUGCUGACAAAGUGACAGGAGUGGACUGUGUGAAAGGCAUAGUGUCUUUCUUCGUGGUGAGCUUGGGAGGCACACUCAUUGGAAUUAUCUUCGCCUUCCUUCUCUCUCUGGUGACUCGUUUCACCAAACAUGUCCGGAUCAUUGAGCCAGGAUUUGUGUUCAUCAUCUCCUACUUGUCCUACCUCACCUCUGAAAUGCUUUCCCUCUCAGCCAUUCUUGCGAUUACUUUCUGUGGCAUAUGCUGUCAAAAAUAUGUGAAAGCUAACAUUUCUGAGCAGUCAGCUACCACAGUGAGAUAUACCAUGAAGAUGUUGGCAAGUGGAGCAGAAACAAUCAUCUUCAUGUUCCUGGGAAUUUCUGCUGUAGAUCCUUCCAUUUGGACUUGGAACACAGCAUUCAUACUCCUGACAUUAGUCUUCAUUUCUGUCUACAGAGCCAUUGGUGUGGUUUUACAAACAUGGCUUUUGAAUAAGUAUCGGAUGGUCCAGCUGGAGAUAAUAGACCAAGUAGUCAUGUCGUAUGGGGGUCUCCGGGGGGCUGUUGCUUAUGCUCUGGUCGUUCUUUUGGAUGAAAAGAAAGUAAAGGCGAAAAAUCUCUUUGUGAGCACCACCAUCAUUGUGGUAUUCUUUACUGUCAUCUUCCAGGGCCUAACCAUCAAACCCCUGGUACAAUGGCUGAAGGUGAAGAAGAGUGAGCACCGAGAGCCAAAGCUCAAUGAAAAGCUUCAUGGCAGAGCUUUUGAUCAUAUUCUGUCUGCCAUUGAAGACAUAUCUGGACAAAUAGGACACAAUUACUUAAGAGACAAGUGGUCCAAUUUCGAUAGAAAAGUCCUAAGUAAAUUACUGAUGAGAAGAUCAGCCCAAAAGUCCAGAGACCGGAUUCUGAAUGUUUUCCACGAGCUCAACCUGAAGGAUGCUAUUAGCUAUGUGGCUGAGGGAGAGAGAAGAGGGUCUCUGGCAUUUAUCCGUUCACCCAGUACUGACAACAUUGUCAAUGUGGACUUCAGCACCCCUCGUCCAUCUACCGUAGAAGCCUCAGUCUCUUAUUUAUUGAGAGAAAAUGUCAGCACUGUUUGCCUAGACAUGCAGGCUUUGGAGCAGAGGAGAAAGAGUAUUCGGGAUACAGAAGACACUGUCACUCACCAUACUUUGCAACAGUACCUCUAUAAACCCAGACAAGAGUACAAACAUCUCUACAGCCGGCAUGAGUUAACGUCAAAUGAAGAUGAAAAACAAGACAAAGAAAUUUUCCAUAGAACAAUGAGGAAGCGCUUAGAGUCUUUUAAAUCUACCAAACUUGGAAUAAACCAAACCAAAAAGACUGCCAAACUCUACAAGAGAGAACGUGGCCAAAAGAGGAGAAACAGUAGCAUACCAAAUGGAAAAAUACCAAUGGAAAGCCCAACUCAUGAUUUUGCUUUUAAAGAGAAAGAACUGGAAUUUUCAGACCCUGAAGAGACUAAUGAGUAUGAAUCUGAGCAGAUGAGUGGUGGAAUUGAAUUUCUAGCCAGUGUUACUCAAGAUACAGCCACAGAUUCAACCACAGGAAUUGAUAACCCUGUUUUUUCAACGGAAGAGGACCAGAGCAUCUUUACAAAGGUGCCGCCAUGGUUGUCUUCUGAGGAGACAGUGGUGCCAUCACAAAGGGCUCGCGUGCAGAUUCCCUACUCUCCCAGCAACUUCAGACGUCUCACGCCAAUCCGGCUCAGCACUAAGUCAGUCGAUUCCUUUUUGCUAGCUGACAGUCCAGAGGAGCGGCCUCGGUCUUUCCUUCCAGAAUCUACACAUAUGUAA